AGCCAUUUUGGCUCAAGCCGUUUUUCGGCCCCGAGCGCCGAGCCGCCGCCGCGCCGCCCUUUGACCGCAGCCGACUGCGGACGGGAGCCGCGCGGGCGGCAGGCAGCUCCCAGCGAUGUGCGGCAGCGUCUCCGAGCUGCCGCGGCGGCUGCGGCCCGUGGACCUCUCGCUGCCAGUCUGCGGCUCGCCGGUCGUCGACUGCCAACGCAGCGACGCCUAUUUCGAGGCGGUGGCUCACAAGAAGGCGCCGCCGGAGCUCUGGAGCAUCACCGCCCUCUGCGGCUACGACCCGGAAAGGUCGUCCGGCGGGGAUUGCGCCGAGGAGGCCCAAAACGGCGGCGUGCGGCGUCGCGCCGCUCACCAGGGAGGAGAGCGAGAGUACGGUGGAAGCAGGCACGGACGAAGCCUGGAACCACUCCAUCGUCUUCUUCUUGCCGGACGCCAAGGGUCAGCAGGACGACCCCUUCCACGGCGCGCUCUUCGAGGUCGCCGCUCAGGAGAUCGCGAGGUUCCCCGACGUCGACUGCCGCCACCUCGAGUGCCCGAGCGCGAGCCUGGCCACCGACGGCGCCGUCGCCCACGUGCUCCUCACCCUGCGGGAGGCCGUCGCGGAGGUGCAUGCGCGGACGGACCCCGACCUGUGCCCAGAGCGCUUCUGGGUCUUCCUGGUCGGGCACUCGUUCGGGGGCGCCGUGGCGAUCCAGGCGGCGUGCGACCUGCCCUGGCUCUUCCAGAGCGAGGGCGGACCCUCGGUCUCGGUCGCGGGCGUCUGCACCCUCGACACGUCGGCGCACCAGGAUGCCAAGUUCCUCCGGCUUGAUCGCCUGCAGAACGCCCGCGCGCUGCUGAUCGCCAGUGGCCAAGACCGAGGCGGCCCCGCCGACCCUGGCGCCGUGGAGGACUUCGAGGCUUCCCGUGAGCUGUUCGCGCUGCUGCCGGCGACCCGGAAGGAGAUGGUCACGUACUGCCGCAGCAAGCGCCGCGGCGACAUGGUGGUGCGGCUGGUGGAGUUUGUGACCCGCGGCCUCAUCGGCAGCUGAGCCGUGCGCGGAGAAUGGGCCUUUGGGGCAGAUGGGGAUAUAUGGAAGAAAUGAGGUGGAGGAGUCGACUGCUUUCUUGCACGUUGCCGCACACGGUGGCCUUUGCGCGUGCGUUUGAAGUCGGCUUGCACGCCCUUGCGUAAAGGUCGUCGUGCAGGUGCGCCUGAAGGCGCGUCUGCACCGCUUUGGGGAGCUCCCAGGACCCACGCGCGCCUCCUGCAAACGCGCCUCAGCGCGUCGUCCUUCUCACGGCCUGAAGGCGCGGCCUGGGCGCCGCGCCCCGCGCUUGCCCCCUUGAGCGCACGUGCGCCUUCGAUCUGCACAUCUUAUCCUCUCGUGGCACUCGGUGACCACGCGGAGCCCCUGGGCGUGGGAAGGCGCGCCACCAGCGGGGAGGAGGAGUGCUGCCAGCGUUCUGCUUUGCACCGUACGCCCCGAUGAUUGACGAUCCGCUUCACCAGCUAUGAGUCUUUCUCUUGCGUCUGACAGUGUCUGCGCCCAGAGGGUGCAGCUAGGCGUGCCAGCCUCGCACUGGCCCAAUCGGUAUUCUCCAGGGGCACCGACUUUCGCUCCUGUUUUUGCCUGGUGGCCCAGUGGCGGGGGAAGGCCUCCGGCGCUUGGGCUCUUUCUUGGGGCCCCGGGCUCGUGUGGGCGACCGCAUGGUUGCUGCGCGUGCUUUUCUCCAGCGGCGUGCCGGGGGGGGGGUUGACAGGAGCAGGAGGGGGGCUUGAAGCAGGGUGGAGGAGUGCUGCCGGCGUUCUGCCCUGCACCGUACGCCCCGAUGAUUGACGAUCCGUCUCACCGGCAAUGAGUCUUUUUCUUGCGUCUGACAGUGUCUGCGCCCAGAGGGUGUAGCUAGGCGUGCCAGCCUCGCACUGGCCCAAUCGGUAUUCUCCAGGGGCACCGACUUGAGUCAGGAGUUCACACAGGAACGUGCGGCCUUCAGCUGCAAUAGUCCCCUGGGAGAGCCACAAACCGAACAAGUGGUCGUCAGCCACAGCGCGCCGGUGCCUUCCCGUCCAGGAGACAACCAAGCAGGCGUUCCUACAGCCCCUCAAUCCUAUCAGCGUCCCGGG